GGCUGGCCAGGCUCCACUGUACCGCUGAUAAUCUACAAACUUCCCAUCCAAGUCUGACCCAGAUUUCCUAUUUUCUGCCUCUGCCUCUCGAUCUCUUUCAGAUCCUCUGUCAUCCCCACCCCUUUCUGAUUUCAUUUAUUCUACAAAAACUUAUGAAGUGCCUGGUAUUGUGCAGGCCCUGUCUAAACCUCGGGGAUCCACUAAAACUUUUCACCCUCUCUUCUGGGCUAGUCCCUGGUACUAGUCAGUGGCAUCCUUGGUGCCUGCCGCUGCAGCUCUCCUAGGAUCAGCAGUGCGCUGAGCGUCAGCUCCCAGUUCUGCCUCUUGGUGCCGGCUCCCUCCCAGCUCAAGUCUCUCCCCCCCUUUCCCCUCCCCAAACUUUGGCCAGCUGCCUGGCGACACCACGAGUUAUUUCCCUGCUAUUUCCCGGCCCGAGCUCUUGGCCCCCGAACAACUGGUUUCCUUUGGGGAGUCUGGGAGGAGCAGAGCGGGAGUCUACCGAGAGGAGCUGGACCAGGGGAGGGGCGAGGGCGGGGGGCGGGGGGCUGAGCAGCGCAGUGGCCACAGACACGGCCAACUGGAGGGUCCAGAGCAGCCAGCACGCGGCAGGAAGAAAGAGAAGAGAAAUCAAGAAGGGUUGUGAGUCUAACGGAGCAGCGUAAAAGGGGAAAGGGAAUGGGAGGGGACCGCGGGGAAGACUGGGCACCAGCAGACUGGCGUGAUGGGGGGAGGGAGGGGCUGCCUCUCCCUUCCUGCUCCAUUGUGCUGUCAGGGUUCUGGGGUCUGGGGGUGCCGCCUUCCUCAACACCCCUGUGGCCGCGCAGCCUGGGGGUAAGGCAGUGGGUGGUGACCGACGUGGCUGCACUGGGUGGGGAGCAAGGCAAUAACAGGAUUCUGGGUCCGACUCUAUCCUGCCUGGCCCACAGACUGCCAGAGGACCCCAUCGUCCAAUCUGCGGGUGCCAGCGCCAUGAGGCCGUUCCUCACCCUGCUACUUCUGGGCCUGGCAGCCAGUUCGCCCCCCCUGGACGACAACAAGAUCCCCAGCCUGUGUCCCGGGCACCCCGGCCUUCCAGGCACUCCGGGCCACCAUGGCAGCCAGGGUCUGCCGGGCCGGGACGGCCGCGACGGCCGCGACGGCGCACCCGGGUCUCCGGGCGAGAAAGGCGAGGGCGGGAGGCCGGGACUCCCAGGGCCCCGUGGGGAGCCCGGGCCUCGAGGAGAGGCAGGACCAGUGGGGGCAAUCGGGCCUGCCGGGGAAUGCUCCGUACCCCCACGCUCUGCCUUCAGUGCCAAGCGCUCCGAGAGCCGGGUGCCGCCGCAGUCUGACGCACCCCUACCCUUCGACCGCGUGCUGGUGAAUGAGCAGGGACAUUACGAUGCCGCAACGGGCAAGUUCACUUGCCAGGUGCCAGGGGUCUACUACUUCGCGGUCCACGCCACGGUCUACCGGGCCAGCCUGCAGUUUGAUCUGGUCAAGAAUGGCCAGUCCAUUGCCUCUUUCUUUCAGUUUUUUGGGGGGUGGCCCAAGCCAACCUCUCUCUCUGGGGGUGCCAUGGUGAGGCUGGAACCAGAGGACCAGGUGUGGGUACAGGUGGGUGUGGGAGAUUACAUUGGCAUUUAUGCCAGCAUCAAGACAGACAGCACAUUCUCCGGAUUUCUGGUAUAUUCUGACUGGCAUAACUCCCCUGUCUUUGCUUGACACGCACUGGAAAGUGAGCUCUGCUCUCACCGGUAGGGGAGAAGGGCAAGACAUUGACAGUCACAUCAUCUGGGAGGGCUGGCUCCCCUGGAAUGUUGUGAAUAACUACAGAAGCAGGGUGGGGCCCCUCCACCCUGCUGCUACAGGGAACAGGACAGAGACUGACUGAGAGUGGGGCUGGCAGCAUGGGGCAGUGGCUGGAUUUCUGCCCGAGACCAAAGGAGCGCACUGUGCUGGGAGCUGUGGGUCUCCAGUUACCUCAGUCCAGGAUCCCAAAGAAGGGUGCUCUCUUCCUGUCUGCUUGCUUCUCUGGGUCUCCCUUUGUCCCUUCUGUUCUUGGGUCCUUUCUCAGAGAUCAGUGAAUAAAUGUAAAAACCCUCCUACUGGAUUAGCCUUUCUUCUAACAAAGUAGCUAUCUUGAGAGGGGGUGAAAGGGGGCUCAGAGCGGGAGACAAGGAGGGAGGAUUCUUGGGCUGGCUGGAGCUAAGGAGCAGACCCAGGUGAAUGACAGUGCUCAACAGAGCUGUCACCUAAGUUAUGUAGGUUGUGAAGAGCUGAAGAAGGCACCCCUCUGGCCUGAGGCUCUGGCGAGGAGGAGCAUCUAACUCAGAUGUCCUAUGAACUGGGGCAGGUAUCUUCACCACACAAACCUCUGACUUUAUCCACAAAAGGAAGCCCAGGAUUUUCAUUCAUGACUGCCCUGGCUGUUAGCCUGGUCCCUCCAUGACCACAAAGCUGUUUCUCUGUUCCCCACGCCAGAGGAGUGACGCGUCCUGGGUGUCUAGAGAAGUCGGUUCUUAGAUGACCACCAGCGGGCGCCCCAGCUCCGAAAUGCUGCAAUGACCGCUAGCUAGGGCACCUGACUGUUGGCUUAUAGGAGGGAUGGUAUUGAGGUUCACCAGAGGAAUUCAGAUGGGGGUGGAGGAAAAGGGGGUCUUUUGCCUCCAGCUCAGGAAGAUUAUAUUCUCUCAUAAUGAUGUUUAUACUCCUCUUG